UGAGUGAGAACUGAGGCCUACAGCGCCUACAGUCACCGGAAAGCAAGGAUCCGGAAAGUAACAUCAAAUGCCCUUUGAGUGGAUUGGUCGAUUGAUUGACUGACCGUGGCGAGAUCUGGCGAAGAAGGUGGAUUGAAACAGACUUGAGAAGACAUUGGUUGAACAUCAUCAUUUUGAUCAUAACCUCAACAUGGUAUUUUACUUCAAAUCGACGGUCGUAAAUCCGCCGGUGACUCUUUUCAUGGGAUUAGACAAGUACGAGAAUGAGCAUUUAAUCAAGUGGGGAUGGCCCGAAGAUGUAUGGUUUCAUGUUGAUAAACUCUCCUCGGCUCAUGUUUAUCUCCGGCUCAAUGAGGGCCAGACUUUGGACGAUGUGCCCAUGGCGGUAAUCGAAGAUGCUGCUCAGCUCGUGAAAGCGAAUAGUAUUGAAGGCAACAAAAUGAACGAUAUUGAUGUGGUUUAUACGUUGUGGGAGAAUCUCCAUAAAACUGACUCAAUGGAUGUUGGGCAAGUUGGUUUCCAUCGGCAAAAAGAAGUCCGAAAAAUUCGAGUAUCCAAACGUUGUAAUGAUAUAGUCAAUCGUCUGAAGAAGACCAAGGAAGAAAAAGUGGUUAAUUUCCAAGAACAGCGUGACCUGCGAGACCGACGAGAACGAGAAGACAAGAAAAGGAUCUUUAAGUUGGCCGAAGAGAACCGCAAAGAAGAGGAGAAAAAGCGGAAAGAAGAUGCUGAACUAAGGAGCUACACCACGCUGAUGAAAGAGGACACCAUGAAAUCCAAUAAGGACGGAGGUGAAGAUUCAGAUGAUUUUAUGUGAUCAUACCACACUUACUGAAAAGUUCAAUAAAACCGGUUUGUGAUGAUUGAUA